AUGCUCGGCCUUUCCUCUGUUUUCCUCUACGCUCUGCUCACGAAUCGUGUCGUUCUAGUCGAUUUCGGCCCCGACAUGGCCGAUCUCUUCUGCGAGCCCUUUCCGAAUUCCACCUGGUCUCUGCCUGAUGAUUUCCCUUUCAGGAAUGAGUUCUACGAUUCUCGGUUUCGGCAAGCUCAUAGCUUCGGCAACUUCCUGAUGAGAAACCGCAAUGUCGCCCAAUUAGCUCUGCCACCGUCAAUUCUUCAUCUCUAUCUCUCCUUCGACUACAACAAUCACGACAAACUUUUCUACAAGGACGAGAAUCAGCAGUUCCUCCGUGGAGUCCCUUGGCUCACUCUGAGAACGGAUGAGUAUUUCAUCCCUUACCUUUUCUUGAUGCCCUGUUUCAGGCCGGAUUUAGGGAAAAUGUUUCCUGACAGGGAAACAGUUUUCCACCACCUGGGGAGAUAUCUCUUCAGCCCUUCCAAUCAAGCCUGGGGGCUCAUCACCAGAUUCUACGACGCUUACCUGGCGAGAGCAGAAGAGCGAAUCGGGCUUCAGAUCCGGGUCUUUAACACGACAUCGACCCCGAUUCCGCUCGUGAUGAACCAUAUUUGGAAAUGCACACAGAAGGAAAACCUCCUGCCGAAACUUCAAGCGUCAACAACAUCUUCUUCUUCAACUUCAGCCAUGGACAAGACGACGAAGGUUGUCCUAAUCGGUUCGCUGUACCGUGAAUUCUACGAGGAGAUGAAGUACAUGUACUGGACGAGAGGGGGUGUAGAUGGUGGUGAAGUGGUCGGUCUCCAUCAGGCAAGUCAUGAAGGUAAUCAGCGAUAUCAGAGCAACUCUCACAACAUGAAGGCGUGGGCCGAUAUGUAUCUGUUGAGCUUGUGUGAUGUUUUGGUGACGAGCCCUUGGUCUACUUUUGGGUACAUAGCUCAGGGGAUUGGAGGGUUGAAGCCGUGGAUGUUGAACAUCCCGAACCCUAAGAAUGGUGUGGAGAAACCUUUGGAACCGGCUUGUAGUCGGGCGGUUUCUUUGGAGCCCUGUUUCCAUUGUCCUCCUAGCUAUGAUAUGAAGGCCAAGGUUGUAGUUGAUCCUGAAGUCGGACUUGGUCCUCCUGUAGUGCAUUGUGAAGAUGUGAGUUGGGGAUUAAAGCUUGUUAAUGAUCGGAAAUUUUGA